AUGUCCGACAUGAAGAAGAAACACUCGAUGCAAAAUGCCGCCGAUGUUGGCAAGGGGGAAGUCAUGACGAUUGACGUCGACGACAGUCAACCUGGGUCGGCCGGCCACGACAAGGCUCUCGAUCUCCUUCAACGUCACCACAUUGACUUUGACCCAAACUCGGACGAGGCGAAGCGAGUGCUGCGAAAAAUCGACUGGAGAAUCAUGCCCAUGAUUUUCACUAUAUAUCUGUUGCAACUCAUGGACAAGAAUAGUCUGUCGUUUGCAGCGAUCAUGGAUCUCAAGACAGACACGCACUUGACAGCAAGUCAAUACUCCUGGCUUGGAUCAAUCGUGUACUUUGGAUAUCUCGGUGGCGAGAUACCUGCCACGUUUCUAAUGCAGCGCCUGCCCCUCGCCAAGUUCGUCGCCGCCAUGGCCAUGCUCUGGGGCAUCGUGGUGGCCAUGCACGCCGUCUGCCGGGACUUUGGCAGCCUCGCCGCCGUCCGCUUCAUCCUGGGCGCCGUCGAGGUCGUCACGGCGCCCGCGGCCAUUUACAUUACCGGGGCCUACUAUACCAAGUCGGAGCAAGUAACGCGCGUCGCGAUAUGGUACACGACGUCGGGCUGGGCCUCGGUCGCGGGCGGCUUUUGCGCCUGGGCAUUGAACCAGUCGCGGUACUUUAAAUGGGAGGGCCUCUUUGUGCUCUACGGCGGGCUGACCUUUGUCACGGGAGUCGUCCUUUGGUUCUGGUUGGCGGCGUCGCCGACCGAGGCGUCGUGGCUCACGGAGAGGGAAAAGGUGAUUGCGCUCGAGCGCGUGCGCGAAAACAAGACGGGCACCGAGGUCUGGUCAUUCAGUUGGCCGCAGCUCAAGGAGUGUUUUCAGGAUGUGCGCUUUUACUUGAUCUUUCUGCUUCUGGUAUCCACGGGUCUACCGAACGGUGGUGUGACUGCGUUUGGGCCGACCAUCAUUUCAGGGUUUGGAUUCGACACCAACCAAUCCGCAUUGCUCAACAUGGGAUCCGGCGGUGCGCAAGUCGCGGGUACCCUUCUCGCAUUGUUCAUUGCAAAACAUACCAAUAGGAUGAUUGGUGGCCUUUGGGCCCUGGGACUGGCAAUCAUUGGAGUCAUCAUGAUGCUUGCUAUACCGGAAGCCAACUAUGGUGCUCGAUACGGAGGCUAUAUCCUCAUGAUGCAAUUUCCUAUUUGCAUCCUUUUCAUUAUUGCCUACAUGACUGGCGGCGUUGCAGGGUCAACCAAGAAGUUUGCGUUUGGAGCUGCUUACCAACUAGGCUACGCUGUUGGAAACAUCAUAGGACCUCAGACAUUCAGAGCGAGCGAUGCCCCCAACUACUACGCGGCAAAAUACACAAUGUUGGCAUUUCUUGCCUUUACAGCUCUAUUAAUCGCUGCCAUGGGCUUGAUCCACAUGGCCUGGAAUAAAAGAAGGGAUGCAAAAGAUGCCGCCGAUGCAGAGAAUGUGCCAGUCCGCGUUGAGAAUGAAGAGUUUGAAGACUUGACAGAUUUCAGACUGAAAUCAUUCCGGUAUCCAAUCUAG